AUGCAUUUCCCGGUACCAGCACUCCAACCCUCAGCCCUCAGCAACGGAACACUCUUUCUGAUUCUCCCAUUUUCACAUUCAUAUUCACAUUCCUCCACUUCUUCCCAUCCUUCAGCAUUGAGCAUUGGAGCUACUAGAAGCAUGCUUCCGAGGGUUCAUGUUACCGGAGGAGUCAGAUUCGACGGAACACUACCACUAAACGACGACGUUCUAGAUUACGAACUUGUUUUCGAGCACUGCGUCACGCGGACUCUUCCUCCCGCGCUUACAUUGGAAGAAGCUCUUCACAAAUUCAAAGACGCUCUCGAAAUCUUGAAGCUCUCACCGCCAACUAGUUCAACUGGAUUCCUUAGGUUUCAGGUGAUUGUGCCUCCGAGUCCUAAGGCGUUGAGUUGGUUUUGCUGUCAACCGGAGUCAUCUGCAGUGUUUCCUCUGAUUUUUGUUUCCAAAAACAUGGAUAACCCCACAUGUAAGUCACUUUAUGUGAAUGGAAGCCACGGAGUUUUUGGCAUUGGUGCUGCGGUUUCGUUUGUCCAUUCUUCCCGAGGAAACAAGAGUUUGAUCAAAAGAUACAUCUCAACUGAUUCAGCCAAUAUAGUAGCUUAUGGUUUCAUGGAUAUUAAUUUAGAUAAUGAUUCAGUUUCCAUGAAUCACGAGGAUGGUUGUUUUAGCUUUUUCAUCCCCCAGAUUGAGUUAGAUGAGAUGCAAAGUGUUUCUAUUUUGACAAUGACGCUUGCAUGGGAUAACUUUUCCCUUUCUAAUUUUGGAAAAGCUCUUCAUUUGCUUGAAGUUUCUCUAAACCAGGUCAUAUGUCAUGUCUGGUCUCCUUCGGGCGCGGGUAAUUCCAAAUGUGUAAGAGCUGCCCUCAGAAACCUCAGUCUGAUAGAAGAUAGAUCUAUUCCAAGGGUCUACAUGAACACUGUUGCACUGGGAGGAAGGGAAAGUGUGAGCGACAUCAUGGAACUGAAAGAGUCUCCAUCUUCUAGUCAAUUCUUUGCCAGGCUUUCAGCAACCCUCACUGUUUCAAAUAACAUGUUUGAUCAGGCCACCGAAUUUUCGCACUCACUGAACGAAAGUGCCAAUAUCAAUGCUGUUUGGGCAUCACUUUUAGUUGAAGAAUGUGCAAGACUUGGUUUGACGUAUUUUUGUGUUGCACCUGGUUCUAGAUCUUCCCCACUUGCUGUUGCUGCUGCAAGCCACCCAUUAGUUACUUGUAUUUCGUGCUUUGAUGAGCGUUCACUUGCAUUUCAUGCUGUUGGAUAUGGAAGAGGUUGUCACAUUCCCGCAGUAGUCAUAACAUCAUCAGGCACUGCAGUAUCAAACCUUUUUCCAGCUGUUGUAGAAUCAAGUCAAGAUUUUGUGCCGCUUAUUUUACUUACAGCAGACCGACCUCCAGAGCUGCUGGAUUGUGGGGCAAACCAAGCAAUUGAUCAGGUGAACCAUUUUGGUUCUUUUGUGAGAUUUUUCUUUAAUCUCCCUGCACCCACAGAUCGAAUUCCUGCAAAGAUAGUACUUACUACUCUUGAUUCUGCUGUACAUCGGGCAACUUCUUCUCCGUGUGGUCCCGUGCAUAUUAACUGCCCUUUCAGAGAGCCUUUGGAAAGCAGUCCCCUCAGAUGGUUGUCAAGUUGUUUAAAGGGAUUAGACUUUUGGAUGACUAAUUCUGACCCAUUUACCAAGUAUAUUCAUAUGCAAUUGUCUCAUACAUGUAUAAAUGCUUCUGGAGAAAUGAUUGAAGUUUUAAAUCUGAUUCAAAGAGCCAAAAAUGGUCUCUUACUAUUUGGCGCAAUCCAUUCAGAGGAUGAGAUGUGGGCUGCUCUGCUUUUGGCUAAACACCUUCAGUGGCCUGUUGUAGCAGAUAUCUUGUCAGGGCUGCGGUUGAGAAAGCUACUAAGCUCCUUUUCUGAAAUUGAAAGAAAUUUUAUAUUUGUUGAUAAUCUUGAUCAUGCUCUUCUUUCAGAUUAUGUCAAGGACUGGUUGAAGAUUGAUGUAGUUAUUCAGAUGGGAAGCAGAAUAACCAGCAAAAGAAUCUGUCAAAUUCUUGAGGAAUGUGCUCCUUUGUCAUAUAUUAUGGUUGACAAGCAUCCAUUUCGGCAUGAUCCAUCACAUAUUGUAACCCAUCGAAUACAAACUACCAUCUUUUAUUUUGUGGGCUGUUUACUCAAGGCUACUGUUCCUCAUUCAAGGAGCAUGUGGAUCACUUCCCUACAAUUGUUGAGUAAAAUGGUUGAAUGGCAGAUACAAUUUCAAAUCACUGCUGAGUCCUCCCUAACUGAACCUUAUGUUGCACAUGUGAUGUCAGAAGCUCUUUCCCCCGAGUCUGCUCUUUUUCUUGACAUACCUAUUGCCUUGAUGAGGGUGACUGCUAACAGGGGGGCUAGUGGUAUUGAUGGGUUACUUAGCACGGCCAUUGGUUUUGCUGUAGGAUGCAACAAAAAGGUGUUUUGUGUAAUUGGAGAUAUUUCAUUACUGCAUGAUACAAAUGGUCUGGCAAUUUUGAACCAGCGGAUUUUGCGGAAACCAAUGACAAUUCUUGUGGUUAAUAACCAUGGAGGCGCAAUUUUCAGUGUUCUUCCUUUGGCAGAUAAAGUUGAACACAGUAUAAUGCAUCAAUACUUCUACACUUCUCAUAACAUUUCAAUUCGUGAUUUAUGCUUGGCACAUAGUAUCAAACAUUUACAUGUGAAGACAAAGGCGGAACUCGAAGAAGCUCUUUAUGUAGCUCAACAUGAAAAAAUGGAUUGUUUGGUUGAAAUCGAGAGUUCCAUUGAUGCCAAUGCCAAUUUUCACAGUAUUUUGAAAAAAAAUGCUUUCCAAACUGCACAAGACACCAUAAGAUUCCUCUCGGUUCCUUUCAAUCGAGACUCUAUAAAAGAUGAGUUCUGUUUCCACAAAAUUCAGAAAAUACAGUGUUCAAAAUAUAGAUUUGCACUAAGUGCCCCAUCAACAUCAGCAUCUGUUGGUGAUAGUUGUAAAGAAUUUUAUAGAGAAGGAUUUAUUUUAUCUUUAAUUCUUGAAGAUGGAAGUGUUGGUUUUGGAGAGGUUGCACCUCUUGAGAUCCACAAGGAAAAUCUUGUAGAUGCUGAAUAUCAACUCAGGUUUCUUAUCCAUGUCAUGAAACAAGUUGAUAUUAGUAACUUCCUCUCUCUAUUGAAGGGCUCAUUUUCAUAUUGGAUAUGGAAUGAGUUGGGCAUCUUGCCAUCUUCUAUUUUUCCCAGUGUCAGAUGUGGUUUGGAAAUGGCUAUCCUCAAUGCCAUAGCCGAUUCUAAAGGUUCCAACUUGUUGGACAUACUCAAUCCCUCAACAAAUGUGAACAGAAAAUGUGAAAAGCCAUCAGAAGUUCCUAUUUGUGCGCUACUUGAUUCAAAUAAAUCUGCAGCUGAAGUAGCUAAUAUUGCUUCCGCAUUAGUCAAGGAAGGAUUUUCUGCAAUUAAGCUGAAGGUAGCACGUGGCCGUGAUCCAGUGCAAGACGCCACAGUAAUACAAGAAAUAAGAAAGAAAGUUGGUUGCCAGAUUAUUAUCCGCGUAGAUGCAAAUCGAAACUGGACUUAUGAGGAAGCUAUGAAAUUUGGCUCUUUGGCUAAAGAUUGUAACCUGCAGUAUAUUGAGGAACCUGUCCAGGAUGAAGAUGAUAUUCUCAAGUUUUGUGAAGAAAGUGGAUUACCUGUUGCCCUAGAUGAAACCAUAGAUGAAAUUCAAGAAAAUCCCCUGAAAAAGCUUUUGAAGUUUACUCGUCCUGGAAUAGUUGCUGUUGUUAUCAAGCCAAGUGUUGUUGGUGGAUUUGAGAAUGCAGGAUUAAUUGCACAAUGGGCGCACCAACAUGGGAAGAUGGCCGUUGUCAGUUCUGCAUUUGAAAGCACACCUUCUGUAGCUCAUGGUCUAGGAACCUAUCGUUGGCUUAAAGAAGACAUAACGCUUGAUCCUCUUUUGAUUGGUCGUAAUCCACGUAGUGGUUUGGUCGAAGCAUCUGUGGAAAAUGCUAGUCGGUUGCUACAGAAUUUUCAAGUCGACCAGAAUGUCAUCUGUAAUAUUAUUGCUGAGGAGAAAGUUUGUCGGUACCAAUUGAAUGUAGAGCAUAACAAUUUAUCUUGUGCUUUUGAAGUUUGUGAGACUGGUCUCAAAACAAAUGAUAAUAUACUAGUCUUUCUUCAUGGCUUUCUUGGAAAUGGUGAAGACUGGAUUACUAUCAUGAAGACCUUUUCUGAAUCAGCAAGAUGCAUUUCAAUUGACCUUCCUGGUCAUGGAAGAUCAGUACUACAUGGUGUAGAAUGUGCUGCUAAGGAACCACAGUUGUCUCUGGAGAUAGUUGGCGAUAUAUUAUAUAAAGUAAUUCAUCAUGUAGCACCAGCUAAAGUUACACUAGUUGGGUAUUCAAUGGGAGGUAGGAUCGCAUUGUAUGCGGCACUGAGAUUUAGCAGUAAGAUAAAGGGAGCUGUGUUAAUAUCUGCAAGCCCUGGACUAAAAGAUAAAUUGGCAAGAAAAAUUCGUGCAGCUAAAGAUGAUUCCAGAGCACGCUCUGUCAUUGCACAUGGUUUACAGCUUUUUCUCAGCUCCUGGUAUGCAGGAGAGCUGUGGAAAAGCUUAAGAAGCCAUCCUCAUUUCAACCGUAUCUUUGCCAGUCGCUUGCAGCAUAAUGACGUACAGAAUCUUGCACAGAUGCUGUCUGGAUUAAGCAUAGGAAGGCAUCUGCCUUUAUGGGAAGAUUUACUGAAUUGUAAAGUACCUCUUCUUAUCAUACAUGGAGAAAAAGAUACAAAAUUUAAGAAAAUUUCUCAAGCAAUGAUGAAUACAUUAUGCUCUGACUUGAGGAGCAAUCCUGAGAAACGGAACUACACACAUGAGGUUGUUGAGAUUCCUAACUGUGGGCAUGCUGCCCAUUUGGAGAAUCCUCUUCCUGUCAUUGCUGCCUUGAAACAAUUCAUAACAAAACUAUAG